AUGGGCAUAGCACCGAAGAUGAUCGUGACAGAUCAAGACAAUGGUAUGAAAUCAGCGAUUGAAGAGGUUCUGGUUGGCACGCGUCACCGCUGGUGUAUGUGGCAUAUUAUGCACAAGUUGUCCACCAAGAUCCCAAAUAGGUUGCUCAGGGAUGAAGCUUUCAAGAAGGAAUUCAGUGCAUGCGUUUGGUCUGAUCUGCUUGAGCCUGACCAAUUUGAAAUGGAGUGGAAAAGAGUGGUGGAAAGUCAUGGGUUGGAAGGCUUUGAUUGGUUUAACUCAUUGUACGAACACAGGCAUUUCUGGAUACCGGCGUAUUUUAGAGAUUUUCCACUUGGCUCGAUGAUUAGGACAACAUCCAUUUCCGAAUCGGAGAACAGUUUCUACAAAAGAUUUCUGAAGCCCCGUGCGAACAUAGCCGAGUUCUACAUGAAUUUCAACCAUGCUGUUGAGUUUCAGCGUAACAGUAUGACGGCGUUAGACUACCACGAUGCCACUACUUUGCCCAUUUUGGCGACCACCUUGCCGUUCAAGAAACAUGCUUCGACGCUUUACACAGAUAAGAUGUUUAGGAAAAUUCAGGAAGAAAUCGUUGAGGGUAAUGAUAGAUGUCGCGUGCUGGGAUUUUCUUCGACGGAAUUUGUAGACACAUACAAGCUUGGGGAUAGCAAUCGCAAAUCCUAUCUGGUGACUCAUGAUAGGAGUGUUGAGACUUAUUAUUGCGAUUGCAAACUCUUUGGUAGGCACGGAUAUUUGUGCAGACAUAUUUUUUUCAUCUUCAGGAACAAUGAAUUGAAUAAAAUACCAGAAAAAUACUGCCAAAGUAGAUGGAUGAAGACUCCGCUAGCCAAGUCCGUCCAUGGGGACAUUCAUGAUGACAUUCCUACCAUGUCUGUUGCUGACGACAAGCAAGCAGUGUCAAAGCAAGGCAUUUCUAUGUUCUAUGGUUUCCUCCGGAGGUUUGAGGAAGAUAUUGAUGUACUACGGGCGUUUGUAGGUGGUGUUGAAGAGCUAGGUAAAUCUCUGCAAGCUGGGAAUCCGUCAACGUCAGCAACUGAAAAAAGGCGAAUGAUUGAAGAGUUCUAUGGCAUGGUGCGGCCUGAAGUUGUGGAGGUUCAUCCUCCAGAUGUUGUCAAGACCAAGGGGCAUGCUAGCAGCUCAAAGAGCCGACUGAUUUCCAAAAGGGAAAAGGCUCUAAAGGAUGCUAGUCGGCCUCAACGACGGUGUAAGGCUUGUGAUGAGAUGGGCCAUCAUGACUCCAGAAAUUGUCCUAUGCUUAAAGAGAUGGAGAUGGAGAAAGAUUUGGGGAAGGGCAAGCGUAGGUUGUGA